AUACUAAUAGUGAUGUUGAAACCACAAAACACUUGGGUUAAACUUGUGGAUGUAUCGAUUAAUGCAUGUGUAUAUGUUUUGUGAUGGAUGUUAUCGUUAUCGAACAGGCUGCCGUGCACAAACUUGUCAAAUAUUGACCAUAACCUCAACAACUACCGAUUUUUGGUCACUUUUAUCUUACGUUUUGAUUACAAUGUUUAAUAUCAAUACCCAUAUUUAAUAUAAUGUACACUGUGCACCUCAAAUUAUUAACAGACGCUUAUAUAAUUAGUUGAAGAGUGAUGUUAAAAAUUUUCAGAUUUUAUAGCUCGUACGGGCGAAUGUCGCGAGCAUGGAGAAAGAUUGUCUCCCCAGCUGCUUUUCAGCAAGGAUUACCUAUCAACAAUUACAGCAAACGUUAUGUAAAUCAUUUCGUCACGAGCAAAAACAGUAGAAAUGACGAUAAGCAAUUUGCCUAUGGUACUCAACUUGUAUUACUGUCCCUAGGAUUAGGAUUAGUCUUCUGUGAUGUUAAAAACACUGACAAAGAUGAGAAGCGGCUCUUCAGAGCUGCACAGUUUGGUCUUACCCAUGAAAUCGAAAGAUUAAUCAAGAGUGGUGUAGAUGUAAAUAGGAGGCACAAGUUGGGCUGGACUCCAUUGCUAGUAGCAACAGUGAAUGAUCAUUAUGAACUUGUAGAGAUAUUGCUGAAGGCAGGAGCUGAUCCAAACACUUCCGAUAAUUAUGUUAAUGCAAAUAGGACAGCAAAUGAAGUUGGAAUGCAUCCAAUAGAAGUGUUAAUGAUCAGGGAUGAAGAAUUUUGUGGUGCACUAAAUAAUAAAGCAACAUUUUUGGGUUUCACACCAUUGCAUUAUGCUGUAUUGGCAGACAACUUAUCUAUUGUAAAAUUAUUGUUGAAGUAUGGAGCUAAUCCACUGUUAGAAAAUGACAUUGGACAUAAACCAAUUAUGUAUGCAAAAGCUGGAGAGGUUAAGGAAUUUUUGGAGAAAGAAAUGGCAAUGUACAAAGAGAAACAAAAAGAAAAGGAAAUCGAAGAAAGAAGAAGAUACCCCCUUGAAGAAAGACUGAAAAAGCAUAUUGUUGGACAAGAGGGUGCCAUCGCUCUAGUUGCUGCUACUGUGAGGAGGAAGGAGAAUGGUUGGGCUGAUGAUGACCAUCCUCUAGUAUUUUUGUUUCUGGGAUCUUCGGGUAUUGGAAAAACAGAACUAGCUAAGCAGUUGGCAGCAUACAUCCAUAAAGAUAAGUCCCAGGCAUUUAUUAGAUUGGAUAUGUCAGAAUAUCAGGAAAAACAUGAAGUAGCCAAGCUCAUAGGAGCUCCUCCAGGUUACAUAGGCCACGACGAAGGUGGUCAAUUGACGAAACGACUCAAGAAAUGUCCAAACGCGGUAGUAUUAUUUGAUGAGGUAGAUAAGGCACAUCCUGAUGUCCUGACGGUAUUGCUGCAGCUGUUUGACGAAGGCAGACUGACUGACGGACAGGGCAAGACAAUCGAGUGUAAGGAUGCUAUCUUUAUAAUGACCUCAAAUCUAGCGAGCGAUGAGAUCGCUAAUCAUGCGUUGCAAUUGAGGAAGGAAGUUGAGAAGCUCAAGGAGCAGAGACUGAGUAUGAUUGAUUGCAAAGAUAAUGGGGCACAAAUCUCCGAAAACAUAACAAUCUCACGUAAAUUUAAGGACGAAGUAGUGAAGCCUAUUUUGAAAAGGCAUUUUAAACGAGAUGAGUUCCUUGGGCGAAUUAAUGAAAUUGUAUACUUUCUUCCCUUUUCGAGGAGUGAGCUUGUACAGUUGGUUAAUAGAGAACUGCAGAUCUGGGCGAAAAGGGCUAAAGAUAAACAUAAGAUUGAAAUCAGCUGGGACAGAAGUGUUGAGUCGGCUCUAGCUGAUGGGUAUGAUGUGAACUAUGGAGCAAGAUCUAUCAAAUAUGAAGUUGAAAGACGAGUUGUAAAUCAGUUGGCUGCAGCUCAUGAAAAAGGAUUCAUUGGAAAAGGUAAUAAUGCAUUUUCAUUGCUUUUGUUUCUCAGGGUGCUAAGUCAGAUGUCAGAUAGCUGACAAAUUUUUAAGCAUUUUUUAUACCAUUUCCGUCUUGGGUUAGUAGGCAUUUGAUCUGUGCAAGUUAUCAUAACAUUAAUCUUGAAUUUGACCUUUAGAUAAUUCUUAAGUAAUGUGAUUAUGCCCAAUACAUGGGUUUGCACAUCAUAUUUAAAUCGCAAGCUGAUGACAACCAAGUUAAAUCCUAGAUGACUGCUGAUAGUGAGGAUAAUGCUUUACGAAAGGUUCGUAUUUUUCCGGGCAAUAUCUUCGCAUCUAAUGGGAAAAUAUUCUGAUUCGGAUUUUUUGCUUAAUCUCAUCCAAAAAGGUCCCUUAUCAAUGUAUCUGCAUGUUGCCACUCCAACCUAUUUUACAAACAAAUUCCAAUGUUUUUUUCUCCGAUCAAAGUGUUUCUGUUUUUUUGAACAAAAAGGUUGCUUUAGGACACUUUUCCAAUAUAAGCGAUACAAUAUUUGAAAAAGUGCGAAAUAUGCUAUUUUCGACCCCAAAAAACAAUAUGAAAUAUAUGAAAGAUUUAAUGUUGCCGGUGUUUCUAAAUAUUCAUUAAACACCCAUUAAGAAGAUCCUAAAGCAUUUUAGGUCGUAUUUUGUUGUAAACAUUUGUUUUUUAAUUGUUAAUCGAGCUCGCCCGCAAUGGUACUCCGCCGCGGCUUUUGGUCGCCCCAACAUGCAGAAUACAAGAAUAUUUAGGAGCAUUGCCAACAAAAAAUUUUCGUUUUUUCAUAUUGUGGCAAAUUGGUUAAGGCUUUCGCGGUCAGUUGGUAAACUGCUGUCUUCAUUCGGGUCUAAAGGUCCUUCCAUUUCCGAUGCUGGAUCAGUCAGUCUACAUCCAGGCACUAAGGCAUGAUCGCUUUCUACUAUCAUGCAAAGACUAUCCACUUUGAAUUAUGCAACUUAUAGCGAGCUGAGUCGGUACACCAUAUUUAACACGAAAUGCUCUGCGAGUAGCGACAAAACUUCUCAAACUAUGAUAGAAAAUUUGGAGGAUUUCCAAACAUUGAGGCUGUAGCGUUCAAGUCUGUGCAAACUGGCCCGAAAAUGCAGAGUCGGCUGAAAUCAAACUCAUGGUAAGGAAAAGCGGGUUCAAAGAUUUCAUUGAGAUUGAUCAAUCGAGGCUGCCCAUCAAGAAUGUGUCUUCUGUUCUCUAAAUAAACAUCAAAUAUAUAGCUUUUUGUUCUUUAAGCAAUAAUGAACACAAUAGAUACAUCUUCACUGAGUUGCUUUUCACCUUUAAAAAUACUGAGUAUGAUUUAACUUAUAUUAUACAUUGUUAUACCAAAGGUACAGUUUUUUAUGUAUGAUAUUGUUUUGAUAGAAUAUACGUUGUUAUUUUUGUA